AUGGCCUCCAUAGCACCAGUUUCCUCCUCUGUUCCCGGCCUUGAAAAACAUACGAACCACCAGUCUUCUGUCGUCGCGAGCCCGAGUGAGCCGAGGUGCACGUCAAUCAUCUUUGACCUCGGAGACGUCCUCUUCACUUGGUCUGCCGAGACUAAAACCUCCAUCUCCCCGAGGCUUCUCUAUGAAAUCCUCCGAUCGUCAACCUGGAACGCGUACGAACGGGGCGACGUCGGAGAGGACGAGUGCUACGCACUGGUCGCGGAUCAGUUCCACGUGCCUGCAUCCGAGGUGGCAGCCGCCUUCCAAGGGGCACGAGAUUCCUUGGUCGGAAGCCCGGACAUGAUCAACAUGAUCCGCGAGCUCAAGAGCUCCGCGCCCGACCUGCGUGUGUUCGCCAUGUCCAACAUCUCGGCCCCGGAUUGGGAGGUGCUGAAGGAGAAGGCGACGCAGGAGGAGUGGGCGCUGUUCGAUCGUGUAUUCACGUCCGCCGAAGCGCGCGAGCGGAAGCCCGAGCUAGGGUUCUAUCGUCAGGUCAUCGAGGGUACGGGGGUAGAUCCAACAAAGACGGUGUUCGUCGACGACAAGCUGGAGAAUGUUCAGAGCGCUCGUGAACUAGGCAUUACUGGCAUAGUUUUUGACUCCUUCGAAUCCGUCUCGAAACAGUUGUUGGAUCUAGUCGUGGAGAAGAGGGAUUGACGUAAAGUCCCCAGUAUACUGGACCACGCACGCCUUGCCUUCUCAUGUAUAUCCAAGUAUCAAGAUAUGGCUUUCAUAGUCGUUAUAGAGAAAGCUCUACCAGCUCCGAUAA